AUGGCAACUGUGCAAUCGUCCAAGCUUGCAGCAGGUGGUGGGGACGCCCGGGACACAUACAAGGUUGAGAACACGUGGAAUUCCUGUCAAUUCGAAUUUACCCAGAAGAUUGUUGUCCUUUGUCAUGGCACGCUCACCUUCAUACACCUGAAUGAGCACACCAGGUUGAGAACUGCCUGUGAAAGAGCAAAACGUACACUAUAUUCGUCAACUCAAGCCAGCAUUGAAAUAGAUUCCCUCUACGAGGGUAUUGACUUUUAUACAUCUAUAACAAGAGCAAGGUUUGAAGAGCUCAAUGCUGACUUGUUCAGGUCAACUAUGGAACCUGUGGAGAAAGCACUCCGUGAUGCGAAGAUGGACAAGCCUCAAAUUCAUGACAUCGUGUUGGUUGGUGGGUCAACUCGUAUUCCAAAAGUACAAAAGUUGCUUCAAGACUUCUUCAGUGGCAAAGAACUGAACAAAUCAAUUAACCCAGAUGAGGCAGUUGCAUAUGGAGCAGCUGUACAAGCAGCAAUAUUGGCAGGUGACAAGUCUGAAGAAGUGCAGGACUUGCUACUGCUCGAUGUUACACCACUAUCACUUGGUAUAGAGACUUCAGGUGGUGUGAUGACAACUCUUAUCAAACGAAAUACCACCAUCCCAACAAAGCAAACCCAGACAUUCACAACAUAUUCGGACAACCAACCUGGUGUGCUCAUUCAGGUGUAUGAAGGUGAGCGUGCCAUGACAAAGGACAACAAUCUUCUGGGUAAAUUCGAAUUGACAGGAAUUCCACCUGCCCCACGAGGUGUGCCUCAAAUUGAAGUCACUUUCGAUAUUGAUGCUAAUGGUAUCUUGAAUGUAACUGCUGUGGAGAAAUCAACUGGCAAGGAGAACAAAAUCACAAUUACAAAUGACAAGGGCCGUUUGAGCAAGGAAGAAAUAGAGCGCAUGGUCAAUGAAGCUGAACGUUACCGCGCUGAAGACGAGAAGCAGAAGGCAACUAUUGCAGCGAAAAAUGGACUCGAGUCUUACUGCUUCAACAUGAAGUCUACUGUGGAAGACGAAAAGUUGAAAGACAAGAUCUCAGACUCAGACAAUGAAAAUAAAAAUGAAUGCAAUGAGGGAGGUGUAACAGCACCGAAAAAUGCCAGGAAACAACCAACAUGA